AUGGGCGACCCGCCGGCGCUCAAGAGGCCCAAGCUCGAGAAGGACGACAACGGCUCCACCUACUGCCCCCGCCCUGCCUCCAAUGGCGCGGGCGCCACCGCCGCCAGCGCGGCGCCGCCGCGUGACGACGUGGAGGAGGGGGAUGACAUCUCGGAGGAGGCGGUUGUCUCCCUCAUCGCGCACCGCGAGCGCGACGUCGAGCGCUGCAAGCUCAAGCUGCUCCAGUACCAGUCCCUGCUGGACACCGCGGAGAUGAAGCUGGAGGAGGCGCAGUCGCGGCUCGCCAGGUUCCGAGAUCGCAAGCCGGCGCCAAGCCGGUCGGAACCCAAGCUACCGACGCCGCCAAUCCAGAGGGACCCCAAGCCAUCCCCGCCGCCGAACCAGAGGGAUCUCAAGCCAUCGCCGCAGCCGCCAAUGCCAGAGAAGAAGGCUCCCUCGCCCGCGCCGCAGCAGUUGGCGAGGCCACAGCUUGUCAUCCCUGGGACCAGCAACCGACCGGCCCCGCGCCCUGAGCCCAUGCCUGGGUUGAAGAAGGCCGCCGCCCCGUCAUCGUCUUUAUCAGGGGCGCUGCCAGAGCGGUCAAGGAAAGAGGAGAAGAAGCCCAAGAGGAAGAUUGAACAGAAGGAGCAUCAGAACUUGAUCCCGAAUGUCAAGAAAUCAUCUGCAACUGUGCUUAAAUUUCAAGGUGGCAAUUUGGUCUCGAGCCAACACAGGAGGAAGCUUAGGUGUCUUGAGCUAUGCCCUGCUAAUGAUCAGCUCGUUGUUAUCAGUGCGCUGGAUGGAUUGGUUACUUUAUGGCAAGUGGAGACAAGAGGACCUUCUCUUUCAUUUCGUGGCAAAACAGAUUUCUUUUCCCCAAAGCAUAGAUGGCCUGAAGAUAUAGCUUGGCAUCCAGAUGGUGAGACGAUUUUUGCUGUAUACACUGCUGAUAAUGACGAUUCUCAGGUUUCAAUGACAAACCUUAUAUCAGGACAAAGGAAAGUUACUUUCCUACCGGAGAAGCCUCACACAAAAGGAAUCAUAAAUAACAUAAGUUUCAUGCCCUGGUUUGAUUCAUGCUUUGUAACUGGAGGAAGUGACCAUGCUGUUAUAAUUUGGGAAGACAAAGAUGAUUCAUGGAAAACCAAGAGAUUGCAUAAGGAUUUCCAUUCUUCUGCUGUCAUGGGUGUUGCUGGAUUGCAACAGAAAAAAACAAUAUUAUCAGUUGGCUGUGACAAGAAGAUAAUAGGAUUUGAUCUCUCUGCUGGAAGGACAGAGUUCAAGAACCUAAUUGAUAGCAAAUGCAUGAGUGUAUUAGCAAAUCCAUGUGAUUUCAACUUAUAUAUGGUGCAGACAGGGGCUCCAGGCAGACAGCUGCGCUUGUUUGAUGUCAGGCUUAGGCAAACUGAGGUCCAUGCAUUUGGUUGGAAGCAAGAGAGCAGCGAGUCUCAGUCAGCUCUGAUUAACCAAUCAUGGUCUCCAGAUGGCUGGUACGUGUCGUCUGGUUCAGCAGAUCCUGUGAUCCAAAUCUUUGACAUCAGGCAUCAUGGCCAGAAUCCUUGCCAGUCUGUUCAGGCACAUCAAAAGCGAGUGUUCAAAGCUGUUUGGCAUCAAACAUUGCCAUAUCUGACCUCCAUAUCGUCAGACCUCAACAUUGGAAUCCACAGAUAUUCAUGA